AUGGAUAACCGCAAUCGGCCUUCCCCGCGCCUCCAACACGAUGCUCUUGCAUGGAGUCACGACCAGUACCCCACGACUCCCUCGACCUUCCCCCAACCGGUCCUACCGGCUCUUUCAAGCCCACGAGAACGAGACGAUGGUGAACAAUCCCGAAAUCGAACCCUCCAGCCGCCUUGCUCGAGUGCUUUUGCACCAACACAAUUGUCUGCCCAGACCUCGCCCAAUCUGGAUCCCACUCUACUUCACCAGUUCUCCCAUCAGAAUCUUGGGGCGGAUGCAGGGUCCUUUCCACACGGCUUUCGACGACAUGUGCCGACGGAGCGUCCUGGGACGGGGCAUUCCCCCGCGCCGGACGUGUUGAGGCUGAAUAUCCGUAUGGCGACUUCAAUACCGCCGGCUGGAUUCGCGCAAGCCCCAGAGCGAAACCCAGACGCGUACGGACCCAUCGCCAGCCACAACCAGAAAAAGUGUACACAGUUAGCUACCAACUUCUUCAAGGACAGCGUAAAGCAGGCUCGAGAGAGGAUUCAGAGGCAAAGCGACAUGGAAAGGAAACUCAACGACCCAAACGAAUCAACCUCACGGCGACAGCAUACUUGGUCCUCAGUGGGGCGUAAAGAGGGCCAGUAUCUUCGGUUUUUGCGGACCAGAGAUAGACCGGAGAACUACCAAACCAUCAAGGUGAUUGGCAAGGGUGCUUUUGGGGAAGUCAAACUGGUGCAGAAGAAGACCGACGGCCAGGUCUACGCAUUGAAGUCGCUUGUGAAGACAGAGAUGCUCGAGAAAGACCAACUUGCCCACGUUCGGGCCGAGCGCGACGUCCUGGCCGAAGCCGAGAGCCCCUGGAUUGUCAAGCUGUACACGACCUUCCAAGAUGCACGUUUCCUUUACAUGCUGAUGGAGUUCCUGCCGGGUGGUGAUUUAAUGACUAUGCUCAUUAAAUAUGAAAUCUUCUCGGAAGAUAUCACUCGAUUCUACAUGGCGGAAUGCAUUCUGGCAAUCGAGACGGUGCAUUCGUUGGGCUUCAUUCACCGGGAUAUCAAGCCAGACAACAUUCUCCUAGACCGUGGUGGCCAUAUCAAACUGACCGACUUUGGUCUCUCAACUGGUUUUCAUCGCCUUCAUGACAAUAGCUACUACCAACAGCUGCUCCACGGAAAGGCCAACAAGCCACGGGACCGAAAUUCAAUCGCACUCGACCAGAUCAACCUCACGGUUAGCAAUCGAUCGCAGAUCAAUGAAUGGCGUCGGUCAAGAAGACUGAUUGCAUACUCGGCUGUCGGAACCCCUGACUACAUCGCUCCUGAGAUUUUCACCGGCCAAGGAUACUCGUUCAGCUGUGAUUGGUGGUCUCUCGGAACCAUCAUGUUUGAGUGCCUGGUCGGUUGGCCUCCAUUCUGCGCCGAAGAUCGUCAUGAUACGUAUCGCAAGAUUGUCAACUGGAGCCAGGCGUUGUACUUUCCUGAAGAUGUCCAGUUGAGUCCGCAAGCCGAGAAUCUAAUACGAAGCUUGGUGUGCAACCCCGAGAAUCGGCUUGGCCGUGGCGGAUCGCACGAGAUCAAGGCACACCCUUUUUUUCACGGAGUCCACUUUGAUCAGCUACGCCGAAUCAAGGCACCAUUCGAGCCACGCCUGACUUCGAACAUCGAUACCGCGUACUUUCCUACCGACGAGAUCGACCAGACCGAGAAUGUUCAUCUCGUGGCUGACGUCUCACAGGCCCCGCCAGACGAGACGCUUCAGAUGAGUUUGCCUUUCAUUGGUUAUACCUUCAAGCGGUUUGACAACAACUUCCGAUGA